AUGCAGUCCAAUUGGUCCUUCAUUCUUGGUGCUUUUGUCACUACUGCCCUCCUUUUCGGUAUAGCAAAUGGCAGUUAUGGAGGAGGCCACGGAGGCCAUGGAGGCCAUGGAGGGGGUGGAGGGCAUUACUCCUUUGGUUACAAGGUUCAUGAUGGAUACAACAACUUUGGCCAUUCGGAAAGCCGAAAUGGAGGCUCAACUAAAGGCCAAUAUCAUGUCAAACUACCCGAUGGCAAACUCCAAACCGUGAAUUACCAUGUCAAUGGAUAUUCCGGAUAUGUGGCCAAAGUGAACAAUGGGUACCGGCGUUAA